UUCCUUCUGAUUGCUUGCGAUGGCUUAUGGAAAUGUUUCCCUCCCGAGGAGGCUGUAGCUCUCACCAAACGUCUAUUGACUGCAAAUAACGUCAACUUAGAUAAACCCGGAGAUAAUGUUGGCGCCCUGCAGCAAUCCCUUGACGCAGUCUGCAAACAGUUGGUCACCGAGGCCGUUCUCCGCCUAUCCGGCGACAAUGUCACUUGUAUCCUCAUCCUUCUCCUCAACCCUGAAAUGCCUUAUGGAUCCUCUUUUAACCCUUCACCUCCUCCGCCACCUAAUCCAUAG